GGAGGAGGGGAGGAAGCAGCCGCUCGCCGCGCUCGGCCGAGGCAGAGCAUCCCCGCUCCAGCGGGAGCCCCGCGGACGCCCCCGCCCCGCCCGCCCCCCCCGGCCCGGAUUCGCCCCCCAGGGGCGGCUGCAGCGGAGGGACCCCCGCCCGCCCCAGCACCAUGAUCUCCCCGAAGGACAAGGCCAAGGCGCCCAAGGACAGCAUGACGCUCCUCCCCUGCUUCUACUUCGUGGAGCUGCCCAUUGUGGCCUCCUCCAUCGUGACGCUGUACUUCCUGGAGCUGACCGACCUCUUCAAGCCGGCCAAGGUGGGCUUCCAGUGCUACGACCGGGCGCUCUCCAUGCCCUACGUGGAGACCAAUGAGGAGCUCAUCCCGCUGCUCAUGCUGCUCAGCCUGGCCUUCGCAGCCCCUGCUGCCUCGAUCAUGGUCGGGGAGGGCAUCGUGUACUGCCUGCAGUCCAGGCUGAAGGGACGUGCCGGUGCCGAGGGCAGCAUCAACGCCGGCGGCUGCAACUUCAACUCCUUCCUGCGCAGGACCGUAAGGUUUGUGGGCGUCCACGUGUUCGGGCUCUGUGCCACCGCCCUGGUGACAGAUGUGAUCCAGCUGGCUACCGGCUACCACGCGCCCUUCUUCCUGACCGUCUGCAAGCCGAACUACACUCUGCUGGGCACCCCCUGCGACGCCAACCCCUACAUCACCCAGGACAUCUGCUCGGGCACGGACAAGCACGCCAUCCUGUCCGCCAGGAAGACGUUCCCGUCUCAGCACGCGACGCUGUCGGCGUUCGCUGCCGUCUACGUCUCGAUGUAUUUCAACUCCAUCAUCUCGGACAGCACCAAACUCCUCAAGCCCAUCCUGGUCUUCGCCUUCGCCAUCGCUGCCGGCAUCUGCGGCCUGACGCAGAUCACGCAGUACCGCAGCCACCCCGCCGACGUCUACGUGGGCUUCCUGAUCGGCUCGGGCAUCGCCGCCUACCUGGCGUACCACGCCGUGGGCAACUUCCGCGCCCCCACGGAGAGGGCCCCGGCACCGGCGCCGGCCAAGGAUGCGCUGCGGGCGCUGACGCAGCGGGGCCACGACUCCGUGUACCACCAGAACAAGUCAGUGAGCACCGAUGAGCUGAACCCGCAGACGCGGCUGGAGGAGGCGGCGCGGCCGGUGCCGCGGGAGAAGAACUCCCUGGGCAGCCUGAAGCGCGCCAGCGUAGACGUGGACCUGCUGGCCCCCCGCAGCCCGAUGGCCAAGGAGAACAUGGUGACCUUCAGCAACACCCUGCCCCGCGUCAACACCCCCUCCAUGGACGACCACGCGCGGCGCCACAUGACCAUCCACGUCCCCGUGGACGCCUCCCGCUCCAAGCAGCUCAUCACCGAGUGGAAGCAGAAGUCUCUGGAGGGCCGCAGCAUGACGCUGGCGGAGGAGGCGGGUGCGCUGGGCCGGGGUGCCGGGGACGCCGACGAGGACGUGCCCCCAUCCCUCUACCCCACGGUGCAGGCGCGCCCGGCCGAGCGGGCGGCCAUGGGGCCCCGCGUCCUCAUCCAGCCCCGGCCGGGCGCCUCGCAGCUGGUGCACAUCCCCGAGGAGAGCCAGGCAGGCGCCGGCGGGGCGGCCGGCAGCGGGGCGGCCGUGCGGGCCAAGUGGGUGAUGGUGGCGGAGAAGGGGGGGGCGCAGCGGGUGGCCAACCCCCCGCGCCUCAUGCAGGUCAUCGCCAUGUCCAAGCAGCAGAGCAUGGUGUCCGUCACCCCCAAGCACUCGGAGACGUCCUCGUCCUCCACCAGCUCCGACUCGUCGCAGUACCGCUCACCCUCCGAGCGGGACAGCUCCAGCAUCAUCACCAUCGACGCCCACGCGCCCCACCACCCCGUCGUCCACCUCUCCGCCGGCAACGGGCCCUGGGAGUGGAAGUCGGCCCAGAAGGGGCCGGAGGGGCCGGACGCCUACGAGCUGGGCGAGAUGGGCAAGGAUUUCCGGGGCUUCCGCCCGGCCAAGAGCGCUGGGGUGUCCCCCGGCUCCUCUGUCAGCGACAUCGAGCAGGAUGAGCCGCGCUACGGCAGCCUGGCCACCAUCAACGUGGUGGCGGGGGGCGGCGGGGAGCGGGGGGACGGCCCCCCCGAGGGGCUGCUGGGCACGGCCAGCCGGGAGUCCACGCUGCGGAGGAAGCCGGCCGACAAGGAUGGGCACACGGACAGCGAGGCCGACAGCUACUACAGGAAAAUGCAAGCCAGCCGGAGGUUUAAGGACUGAGCCCCUGCCGCCUGCCCUCUGCCCUGCCUGGGGGGUUACAAGGGGGGGGGGGUCAGUAGUUGCUGGGCCCCCUCUCGUGGGGAGGUGGCAGGACGGGGCUGUCUUUAGCGUCAGGGUGACAAAAUGGUGGGGCCAGACACCUUCACCCGCCCGGGGCAGCCAAGGGGUGCGCGGGACCCUGGGGAGCGCAAAGGGGGCUCCAUGCCUCCGCCCACCCGCAUGGGCUGGGCGUCUCCAAGCACUUUGGACUUUACUUCUCUCUCUAACACAGGUGCUGACAUUUUGGGGUGUGGGGGGUAAUUUAUUCUGACUCUGGCAUUGUAAGUCUGUGGGGUGGGAGGGGAGCAAACAGCAUUAAAGGGCUUUGGGGGGGGGGGGUGCCAUGGGGCUCCUGGCUCAUGUGGGGAUUGCGCGUUGGCUGGAUUGUUCUGGGGGCAGGGAGAUGGGGGAUGGUGCCGGGAGGGGGGUGUUUGUCCAGAGCCCGAGCUCUGGGCAUUAGGCGUGUGUAAAUACUGUGCUGGCUAAAGUAGAGUGUGUACAUUGGAGUAGGGAAGUGCUGGGGGUGGGGAGACCGACAACCGGGGGGCACGGGGCGCAGUCUGCCCAGCCAGCCUGGGUCCUGCCAGCAUCAGGGCACCCACCUGGGCUGGCAGGAGGCCCCCGGGGGAAUUCCCUGUGCAUGGGGUCCCGGGGAGGGGGGCGGGUGCUGCUGGGGAGGCAGCCCUGGGUGGAGGAUGGGGGGGGGGGGGGGGGGGGGGGGGGGGGGGGGGUCUCCAAGCUGUGAAUGCAUCUGCCAGGCAAUGGCUGAACCUGCUGUGGUUUGAAAAGCGAAUAAACACGUGAAUGUGCCCCAGC